GGCGACAUGCUCCUUUCUGUACCGCCGUGCUCAGACCGCCUGGUUCUAGGGUGUGAGCGCGCGGUUUUCCCUCUGUCCUGCGGUGAGAAAUGGGUUUGGGUGUUUUGUUUUGAGUGCGGGAUCAAACCGCCAGUUAGAUCCGCUUGCGUUAUUAUUUGAACGUCAUGGAGCACCUGUUUGGUUCCUGACGUUAUAACUUGAACAUGUAUCCACUGUUUGGUCCUUGAGGUUAUUUGAAGGGUGCACAACCACCUACUUUGUUUCUUUUCUAUAUAUAUUUUGCAAGCUGGCUUUAGAAAAAUUUGCCUUUUUGUGUGCUAUUGCUGUGGCAGUUUAAUAAGGAGGUAAAAGGUACUUUGUGCUUCCUUUAAAGGAAAACUGAACAUAGGUCCUGAGGUUGUUCAGCAUGGAGUGGAAGGACUCACAUAUCUUCUUACAGAGAGCUCCAAGCUUAUGAUUUCUGAGAUAGACUUCCAAGAUUCCAUUCACGUUCUGGGAUUCCCAGAUGAAUUGAACAAGUUAUUGCUCCAGCUGUACCUUGAUAACAGGAAGGAGAUCAGGCGCAUUCUUAGUGAGUUGGCACCAAAGCUUCCCAGCUACCACAGUCUUGAAUGGAGACUGGAUGUGCAGCUGGCGCGGAGGAGCCUGAGGCAGCAGAUUGAGCCUGCUGUGACUAUAAAGCUGCACCUCAACCAGAAUGAGGAUCAGAGUGCCCGGGUGCUGCAGACCGACCCCUCCACCCUCCUUCACCUCAUCCAGCAGCUGGAGCAGGCACUGGGGGAGAUGAAAACCAACCACUGCCGGAGGAUCGUGCGCAACAUGAAGUAGCACUGGCUGGUGGCUUGCCUCUUCCGGAGUGGUUUGUGAAACACCUGAUAACAGCGUUCACAAAUGCAUUCUGAGGGAAAAUAAACAUCUGGAUCAGAUGAAAUGCUGUCCUGUGCCAGGAUCCGGGGCCAGUAAUUGUAGGCUGGGUGUCUGAAGUCCACGCACCAGCCCAAUGAGAGACAGAUUUUGCUUUGCCUGCAAACGUGCAAGUUGCGUGUGCUGUGCUGAGAAUUUCUGUAGCUCCAAAUUAGUGUAGUUCUACUGGAAGAGCUUUCUCAUGUUCAGUAUUGUCCAUGUUAUAUGAAGUUGCACACUUAUUUUUACAUUUAUCAAGUAGUCUUUUUUCCCUUAGUUUUGCUUCUGUCUUGAAAUUUUAAAACCUGUACUGGUGGCAGUGAUACUUUAUGGGAACGUUUCUUCCAUCUAGAUGUGUGCAUGUGUAGGAGCAUGUGUGGGACUGCUGUCCUUCUCCCCAGGACUGAGACAGCUCAGAACCUGGGGGUUACGCUGCCCAUGAACCCUUCCCUGAGGAUGGGGAGUACAGGAAUGGCUCCAUCUUAAUGCAGGUGGCUGUGACCCCAGCCUCGUGCCUUCUGCCAGGAGCCGUUACCGUAGCAAACCCAGUGACCUAAGUGUAAGUUGGUGCCCUGCUGGUGUGUGAAGGUGAGCUGAAAAACUGCCAAAUUAAAACCACAGGUCAGGAGGCAGAUCAAGAUCCCUGUUAACUUCUAAAUCUGAACUUCAUGUGAUGCAGUGGUUUUUGUUCUCCUAUUGGAUAGCAUGCUCAUACAGGAAAGGAGCCACAUAUCACAACAGAAAUGAUGCUUUUCCAUAUUUAAGAAUAAUGUCUAACAAAGGUUACAUUAAAAGUUGCUUUUCAGGUGUAUUCUAAUGCAAUAUUUUGUAGCUUUUGUGACAGGUUCAGCAUGUGAGCUGGCUCAGGCAGGACGCAGGAACACCCGCAAAGCCACCAAUGAAACACAAACAGUAAAUUUAUUCUUGUUACCUUGUGCCCCGGGGUCUCUGCAGCAGCACCUGGGCAGAGCAUGCAGAUGGGGACGUGGCUCUGCAGAGCUCGGCCCUUGCUGGCCAGAAAGGGGAGAGAAAAGGAUCCCAAACCCGCUGCUUUCCUCCUCCACCAGGGAUUUUCACGGGUGAAGUUUUCCAUGGCGCUUUGAUCCCUCCCCCAGCAGGGCAGAAAUCUCAGGGAUGUUCCACCAGGUGCCCCCAAGUCUCUCCCAGGCUGGUGUUACCUAAACGCAGAGGCUCUACUUGUCGAGCACACAAGGCCAAACAGCAAUUUGUGUGAUAGAUGUGUUUUUUGACACCCUAGCUGCGAGUCACUCGAGCGUGUUUACAAUCCUCCUUGCCCAUCUUCUGUUGUGUUCCCACAGAUAGUUUUACUAAUUAAUGCUUCACUGUCAGUAGUGAGGGUGCAUCAUAAAGCCCUUAAAGCGUAUUAGAGAGGACAAAUAGGCAAGAGAGAACCUUCAUGUACAGAUUCUGGCAAUAACAGUAUGUGUACUGGCAUAGCAACACCAUAAAUUUUUCUACUAAUUGGGUUCCUCCAUUCCCAAAUGCAUUAUUUCCUUACUGUUUAAUUUUUGUACCUUUGAGAGUCCUAUUUCAAAUGAAACCUGCAUGGCAGAAGUGCUUUAAUCAAUAA